AUGCAUGCCAAAACAAUUAUAGAAAACCUAAGAGAUAGCUAUGAAAAUAUACUGUUGGAGUGUAAAGAAUUAUGUUUUGGAUGGGGAAUUACUCCUAACUUUCAUGUUAAGAGGAGUAGACUUGCUCCACAAUAUUUUGAUAAAAUUGAUGGUGAUCGUCGCCUAAAUAUACCAGAUGAAAAUUUUUCUACCUGUGAUUGA